AUGAUGCUACUCAGCACGCUCAAACUGCUCGCAUGCAUCGCACCGCUGCACGCCCUGACGCCGCCGAAGUCGCAUGCCGCGCCGACGCCGUCGGUGCGACGACGGACAGCAGCAAUGCGCGUGCGCGGCGGCGACAACGCGACGGAUGCGCUACGCGUCCGCGGCGGAACCGGCAAGAAAGCCAAGAAACCGAGGAAGAGAGGGACACGUCGAUGGCCUACUUACGGUAGGAGUAGUCGAGACCGGUCUCGCCGCGAGAGUCGAGUCGAGUCGAAGCCUGCGGACGCCCCAGUCGUCGAAACGCCCGUCGCAAAGGAUUUCAACCAGCUCAAAGAAGUACCACAGGGUUGGAUCGACCGCACCUGUGAAGAAUCAAAUUUCGCGGCGCUUCGAAUCAUGACGAUGCACCCGACUCACUGGUUGAUUUCCACACAGGACCGCACGAUCAACUUCCUCGAGGCGCCCGUCACGGAGCUGUUGAUCGGCGCCACGGCCGUGUCGUUGAGUUUGAUGGAGAUCCAACGACAAAUUAUCGAGCUCGGCACGCGGGAAGCCGACUACUCCGUGCUGUUUCUCGCGGCGACGCGGAUGCUCAAGGCAUUCCUCGCUGUGUUGCGCUCGACGCGCAUGGCUCUGCGCGGCUACAAGUCCUACGCGGUCAUCAAGAAAGGAGAAAACGUCUACCUCAAGAAACUACCGGCGACCGACGAUGACGGUGUUGUGUAA